AUGGCUUCGAAAGGACAGAUCGAGAGUUUAACCGAAGACGCAAUUUGUCCCAUAUGCCUGGAUUUCUUCACCGAUCCCGUCUCACCGGAAUGCGGGCACAGCUUCUGCCGUUCCUGCAUCACUCGCUGUUGGGAAAAGGCGGAGAGAAACUCCUGCUCGCAGUGUAGAGAGCAGUUUGCAUACCGCACCCUCAGGGUCAAUCGGGACUUAAUUCUGUCCGAUAAAUUUCGAGGACUAACCCUAACUACAAAGGAGAAGGAAAUUAAAUUUCACUGUAAGGAACAUGAGGAAGAACUGAAGAUGUUUUGUGAAGCGGACAAGAAACUGAUGUUUGUGAUGUGUACAAGCACCGAUUCCUGUCGAUUCAAGAAGCUAUUAAAAUCUAUAAAGUAUCCCGCUUUAGAUCGCGUCUUUACUCUGUUGCAUCUUUAUUGUCUAAUUCCUUCACUCUUUUAUUUCCAGGAUUGUGUUAAAUCCUCCUUAGACUCUCUCAGAAAAAAGAAAUCCAACCUCGUGAAAAUGGAGCAGAAACAGAAAGAGAAGAUUUCCAGAGUUCGGCCGCGGUUAGCUUGCGAGAGGAAAGCGCUGGAGUCUACGGAAUAUCGGCAUGUGAAAGAUGUGAGGGAAGUGGUCACCGACAGAUUCCUCUGCACAGGGGGAAAUGACCCCAGUCAAGAGGACAACACAUGCUAUGGUGACUCGGGAGGGUCGCUGUUCAUCAACAAGACGAGACGGUUCUUCCAGGCAGGUGUGGUGAGCUGGGGAUCGAUAAACGUGUGUACAGAUUUCAAUCCUGACAGGAGCAGUGCCCGCGAUUUCCACAUCAACCUGUUCAAGGUGCAGCCGUGGCUCAGGCAGUCGCUUCAGGGGACACUGGUGUUUAUCAAUUAGGAGGAGGAAUGCAAUGAGCCUCUACUCACCGAUCAAGUGCUCUUUCCCUGCCCUUGAUCUCCCUUUCUCGCUGAUGAAAGUCAGAGAGACACAACAUCAUGAACCAGGCCCUUUGGCCCAUCUACUCUGUGCCAAACUAUUAAUCUGCCUCGUCCCAUCGACCAGCACCUGGACCAUUGCCCUCCAUACCCCUUCCAUUCCUGUACCUAUCCAAAUUGUUCGUCAACGAUGAAAUCGAACCCGCAUCUGUCUGUGCUGGUCGCUCAUUCCACACUCCCACCAUCCUCAGAGUGAAGAGCUUCCCCCUCAUGUUCCCAUGAAAUAUUUUACCUUUCACCCUUCACCCAUGACCUCUAGUUCGAGUCUUACCCAACCCCAGUGAAAAAGCCUGCCUGCAUUCGCACCCGUAAAUUUGUUAUGAGAAGGAGCCCUUCGCCCUCCUCCAGAAUCUACAUCUGAACCCGAACCAUAACGAGAAUCAGGUUUAUAUCACUGACAUGUGUCUUCCAAUGGAGGGUUAUGUUGGAGCGAAAAGUUAGGUUGCUCUUAGUGUAGGUGAGAAGGUCGGACCGACUUCGUUCUACGAUCUAUGAAAUUUAUGGUUUUCCAGAUGCACUGCAGUACAGUAUAAUCAUGAACAAUUCUGUAAGUUACAACAAUAAUUAUUUAAAGUAAAUAUUCCUUAAAAUAAAUAAUGCACAGAGAGAAAGAGUAAAAUAAUGCGUGAGUUCCAAUCAAUGGUCUCGGCCUGAAACAUCGUCAGUUUAUUUCUCUCCAGAGAUGAUGUCUAAUCUGUUGAGUUCCUCCAGUAUGUUCUGUGUGUUGCUCUAGAUUUCCAGCGCCCGC